UGAAAUGACACUUUCUGGUGCGUUCUUGCCAUUUCAGUGGGAUGAGAAAGGGAAAGCAGUUCUGGUGAAUGCCAAGGUCUAUGAAGAGGAAAUGAAACUGUAUGGGGAGUUUCUGCCUGAACUGAAGAACUACCAGAGUAUCUCAAUGCUUCACAGCUUACUGUGCACUUAUGGAUUUAAAAAGAAGAUGGCAAAGGCCAGUGCAGAGGUUCAUAUUUUUCAACACCAGGACUUCACAAGAGAACACUGCAAUAAAGGGAAUGAUUGUGAUUGCAGCAAAACAGAUCUUCUCCCCGUUACCCCACAGCAGAAGAGAGCUCUUAAAAAAAAGAGACGCAACGAUGGGGUUGUGGUACAAAAUAACCCAGCCAUUUCUCCAAAGGCCUCCACCACAGCUCUCGAAAACACUAACAAAAUAUGUAAGACAGAAAAAAGAACGGAUUCCUGUGUAUUUCUUGGGCUAAGCUGUAGAUGA